AUGGCGACUUCGAUACCCCUCCAAAGCGGUGAUAGCGGUAAAUCGAAACUCAAGCUUGUCAACCAGCUUGCGAAUAGUACCAGCCCAUACGUCCGCUCCCACGCCAAUAAUUUGACAGCAUGGCAACAAUGGACCCCUGAGAGUUUGGCACUGGCGAAGAGUGAGAAUCGGUUGAUAUUUUUGAGCAGUGGAUAUGCUGCCUGUCAUUGGUGCCAUGUAAUGGAGCGAGAGAGUUUUCAGGACGCCUAUGUCGCCAAAAUUCUCAAUGAUAACUUCAUCCCUAUCAAAAUUGAUCGAGAGGAAAGACCGGAUAUUGAUAGGAUCUACAUGAACUAUGUCCAAGCGACGACGGGUUCUGGAGGAUGGCCGCUCAACGUCUUCUUAACCCCAAAUCUUGAACCAGUCUUUGGUGGGACAUACUGGCCUGGGCCAAAUGCUACCGAUGGACCGUCAAUGAAGGACCAGAUUGGAUUUGUCGAGGUUCUUGAUAAGAUUGUCAAAGUUUGGAAGGAACAGCAGGAUAAAUGUCUUGCAUCGGCCAAGGAUAUUCUGAAGCAGCUCAAAGAAUUCUCAGACGAGGGUCUAAAGGAGCAGGGCGGCAACCAGGAUGGGGCAGAGAUUCUCGAGAUCGAUCUACUCGAGGAGGCAUACCAGCACUUCCUUAGCCGCUAUGACACCACGCAUGGCGGAUUUGGCACCGAGCCCAAGUUUCCCACUCCAACAAAUCUUGCCUUCUUGCUUAGGUUGAGCAGCCUGUCAUCAGUCGUUGAGGAUGUGGUUGGCGACGUUGAAUGCGAAAGAGCCAAGUUUAUGGCAGUGACAACGCUGAGGCAUAUGAGUCGCGGUGGGAUUCAUGACCAUAUAGGAAAUGGCUUUGAAAGAUACUCUGUCACUGCGGAUUGGAGUCUCCCUCAUUUUGAGAAGAUGCUCUACGAUAAUGCUCAGUUGAUAUCUGUGUAUCUUGAUGCAUAUCUGUUGACGAAAGACAGGGAGAUGCUCGAUGCAGCUCUCGAUGCGGCCGACUACUUGUGCUCGGGCCCGCUGAGUCAUAAGGAUGGUGGUUUCUAUUCCGCUGAGGAUGCUGACUCCUAUGCGAGAAAGGGUGAUACCGAGAAGAGAGAGGGCGCUUUCUACGUCUGGGAUAAGAAAGAGUUUAUCAAAGUUCUAGGCGAACAGGAUGCAGAAGUUUGUUCUAAGUACUGGGGUGUUAGAACGGACGGCAAUGUCGACCCGGCGAGGGAUAUUCACGAUGAAUUUCUACAUCAAAAUGUUCUACAGAUAUCUCAAACCCCAGCCCAGAUUGGCUCCAUGCUUGGGCUCAGCGAAACCGCCAUCGUUGAGAAGAUCAAGAACGGGCGAGCAAAACUCCGAGAAUACAGGGAAAGAGAAAGGCCACGCCCUAUCCUCGAUGACAAGAUUCUGACCGGGUGGAAUGGACUUGCAAUUGCUGCUUUGUCCCGGCUUGCUGCCGCCCUUGAAAUCGUUGAUGCUGAGAAGUCGAAGUUUUAUCUCAACCAGGCAAUUCGAGCUGCUGAGUUCAUUAGGAAGAAUGUAUUUGACCAGAGGACUCUUGGUUUGAAGCGUGUUUGGCGGGAGACUCCGGGGGCUACGAAGGCAUUUGCGGAUGACUAUGCAUACCUUAUUUAUGGUUUGAUAUCCUUAUACGAGGCGACUUUUGAUGCGGGUUGGUUACGUUGGGCGCAUAGCCUUCAAGCUGCGCAAACAAAGCUGUUCUGGGAUGAAGCUCAAGGUGGUUUCUUUUCUACAGAACGUGAUGCGCCCGAUUUGAUCCUAAGGCUUAAGGACGGAUUGGACUCUGCUGAGCCAUCUACAAAUGGCAUAUCAGCUGCAAACCUGUACAAACUCGGAAGCCUUCUUGGAGACGCUUCUUUCUCCUUCCUGGCCUCUAAGACGUGCAACGCCUUCUCAACAGAGUUGAUGCAACAUCCAUUCCUGUUUUCAACCAUGCUACCAUCGGUUGUCGCCUUGAACCUCGGGACCGGAACCGUGAUCAUCGCGGGCAAGAAGUCGGACCCGACUAUCUCGGCGUACCGGGCGAAGCUCAGGACACAGUUGUUCACGAAUACAUCAAUUAUAGUCGUAGACCCCACCGAAAAGAGCGAUGAUAUCACAUGGUUCACCGGGAAGAACGAGAUCUUGAAGGAUAUUCUCAAAAGCGCAGCGACCAAACCAAUCGUCCAAGUCUGCCAGAACCAAACCUGCGUCCCUCUUAGCAAGAUCGAGGAACUUGAGGCCAAAUUUGCAGAAUUAGGUUAA